UAGACUGCUAGUCCUCUGCAACCCUACACAAUAAUUCUGUAACUUGGAAAAUAAAGAAGCGAUAUGUCUGCACCCCAAGUGUUCUCCCUUUCGCAGGGACCGAUCACCAGUCACGCGUUCAACGCCGACCGCUCGCAGGUAUGCGUGAGCUUGAACUCCAACGAGGCUCAAGUCAUGUCCUAUGACGGAAAAGCAUGGAACACUACCGAAACCCUCACAGAGCACGACAAGCUCAUCACCUCUAUCGAUUGGGCGCCUCACUCGAACCGCAUCGUCACCUGCUCACAGGAUCGAAAUGCAUAUGUCUGGACACAGGUGCAAGAUGCACAGACCGGAGAGCUGAUUUGGAAACCGACUCUUGUCUUGUUGCGCAUCAACCGUGCGGCGACUUUCGUCAAGUGGAGUCCGAACGAGGACAAGUUCGCGGUUGCGAGCGGUGCUCGCGCUAUUGCGGUCUGUUCGUUCGAUGAGGAAAACAACUGGUGGGUUUCCCGUCAUUUGAAGAAGCCCAUUCGUUCCACUGUGCUCUCUAUCGACUGGCACCCCAAUAACGUACUCCUCGCCGCAGGAAGCGCGGACAUGAAGGCACGAGUCUUCUCUGCGUUCAUCAAGGACGUGGAUAAACGCCCUGGACCAUCUGUUUGGGGUGACAAGCUGCCCUUCAAUACCAUUUGCGGCGAAUAUGCGAGCCCUAAUGGCGGUUGGGUGCACAACGUCGCCUUUUCCCCUUCCGGAGACGCGAUGGCGUUUGUCAGCCACGACUCCUCCAUCUCCGUCGUCUAUCCCGGCGGAGCUGGAAUGAUAACGAUCAAGACGACUAUCCUCCCCUACGUGGCGCUUACCUGGACUUCCGAGGAGUCCAUCGUUACGGCAGGGCAUGACUGCCAACCGCAUGUCUUCCACGGGUCCCAGGCCGGCUGGUCCAUGGUUGGCUCCCUUGACAGCUCCAAGGGCGCCCAGCGACAGGCUGGCUCGCGAAACCAGAUUGAAGCUUUCAACCGAUUCCGUGCGGCAGACACAAGGGGCUCGCAGAGCGAGGAGGAUACCGAGCUUCUCCCAACCGUGCAUCAGAACACGAUCACAAGCGUGCGCACGUUUGAUGCCACGAGGGUCAGCACGAGCGGUGUCGAUGGUAGGCUCGUUAUUUGGGAUGCUAACGCCGUUGGACAGCCUGUGGGGAACCUGGUCGGUAAGAUGGUGGGAAUGAGGGUGUAGAUAUUUGCACUGAAUUCAGUUGAUUGAUAAUGGCGAUAUCAUUCCUUUCAU